AUGCUUCCGCGUACCUCGAUAUUCCUCCCGCUCGCAUUCUUCGUCUUUCCAGCCAGCUCUCAAUGGCCAGCAUGCGACCCGAGCUGCAAGUCCUGCGGUCUGACAUGUGAUCAAGGCUGCGACUCACCCCUCGACCUCACCGAAUGCACAAACAAAUGUCUCUAUUGCCGCCGUGAGAGCUCUUCAUGUGACUGGGUCAAGCUCACGCCGCCGUCCGAGACAGACGAGUUUUGCGAGCAGUGCUAUGGUUCGUGCUGGUGCAAAAUUGGCGCGAUGUGUUAUGACAACUAUACCUCGCCGACUACGACCGGCGGACAUGUCCCUGUUGCGACGGCGAAGCUGUCCCCGACAGGAUUACGAUAUCACAGAACCUUUUAA